GCCUUUCACCGUCAACACGACCGCGAUUUUAACACUUACUGCUGCUGUAAAAGUCAACACUCUAGGUCUUAAUGGACAAGAAAGCUAACACACUGCGUCUUUAUCGACAUUAUGAGUCAAAGGAACGUCUUAAAAUAUUUAAAUAACGUGACGUGUGUGUAAUUUCACCGGGUCUUUCGUAGCCGCUGUAAAACCACUGUGUCUUUAAAUUGAUGACAGAGUGGUAAUCGGAUUGCUGAGUUUACAAGGAGGGCGUGAACGCGACAUACGUUUCCCAGCCGGUGUUUUCAUUUUUGACGCCCCUCAGCCGCUGUUGUUGUACGGUGGUUUCCAUGCUUCAGAGACGACAAACCAAACGCGGUGUCCAGGGAAACCAUGACUCUGACCCGAGGAUCUUUCACCUACGCCAGUGGGGAGGAGUACCACGGCGAGUGGAAAGAAGGUCGGAGGCACGGCGUCGGUCAGCUCAAAUUUAAGGACGGAACCUGCUACACUGGCCAGUUUGAGAACGGACUCUUUCAUGGCUCUGGCGUACUGCUCUUCACAGACGGAUCCAGGUACGAAGGAGAAUUUGCCUAUGGGAAGUUUCAAGGCACGGGCGUCUUUGAACGAUAUGACGGCAUGAAAUUUGAGGGGGAAUUCAAAGAGGGACGUGUAGAGGGAUACGGGCUGCUGACCUUCCCAGAUGGCGCUCACGGCGUCCCACGAAACGAGGGCCUGUUCCAAAACCACAAGCUCCAGAAGAGAGAGAAGUGUGCAGGAGUGGUGCAGCGUGCACAGGCGUCAGCCUCCGGCGCUCGCAGUCUCGCGCUUUGACCAUCAAGCGCCCCGAUGGAGCCAUGGUCAGGUUUACAGCACCUUCUAGGAGGGGCCUCAGGCCUCAGGGACGUGUACUCGUAUACUCCCCACCAGCUCUUCUCUCUGUGUCUUUCUCUUCUUCCUUCACCCUCAUAGUAGCUUUGGGAUGCACAUAUAGGUGCAAACUGACCAAAACAAUGGCUCUCCGUACGACUGACUUGAAAUGCACAACACCAUGAAGCACACACAAGUCACCUACGCAGCAAAUGUUGCUGUUUUGCUCUUAAUCUGAUUCUUGUACUGAUAAAUAGUGUCUUAGUGUUUUACAGCCGUUAGCUUUCAGACUUCAUGUAACUGAAAAUGGAAGCCCUCUUCAGCUGUUGCACAUGUGGUAUUUUAAAGAGUUUUAUUCUCCUGCAUUAGGAGGAGGUGUAAAGUAAGUCUGUAUGUCAAAGACCUAAUAGGUAUUAAGAUAAUGACACUUAGAAAAAGAAAAAUGCUGCAAGUCAUAACAACAGUGUGCUCCGUAGAAGCUUUGACCAUUUAGUAGCUUUAUGGAGCAAUGUUUUUUUUCUUUUUUUUUUUCUUUUUUUUCUUACAAAUGGCUUCCCUUAAUGUCAAAUCAGUAAUAGGCAUGAGGACGCAUAUGCAUGUAUGCAAGCAUGUGGGUAACAUGACACAUUCUUGCCAAUGUUUUCAUGCUUUUAUGCUCAUGCACACCUGGUGGUGAUGAUAAGGAACAAGGAGGUGUAGCUACUGUAUGCGUCAGGCAGAGGACACGGAUCAAUGACUGUAUAUAUACA